AUGGCAUCAACUGAACAGAAGGUGUCGGAAAUUGAUUCCGCUAGCGAAGUGAUGGAGAAAGAGGCUAGUCUCGUUGGCAAACCUUCUCUCGAGAGGGACAAUGCCAUAUUGACCAUGGGCAAGAAUGCCAGACGCUUCAUGUCCGAGGGCAAAAUGACCAGCAGUCAGUGCGGAAUGAGACUUGCUGAUCAAUUAGAGUGUUUUCGCUGGAGGUUCAGAGUGCAGGAGCAUUUCUACCUCGCAUUCGAAGGCCUUGUGAAUAACAGGCUGCUCUCUCUCGAGGAAAGCUUCUAUCAUCCGAUUGAUUGGAGGGGUCGCUCAGAGGCCGUUCAGAAAGUCUAUUCCCUCCUAAAGUGUUUCGAAAUCCCAAAGAAAUGCGCCUCGAUUGAACACCAACCUCCGGUGGGCUUCUUCGAAUCCCCCGUCUCCUGGCUGGCAAUCGCGAUUGUGCGCUCUGCGCGCGAACCAGUGCGCGUCUUCGAGUUUUUGCACGCAGGUGGUUUCCUAGGCCCGCUAGAUAAGGACAGUGUGACGCGGAUGGCCAGCAUCGAGUUCGAGGUUAAUCCCCAGGAGAUGGCCUGCGUGAAACCCUGGGAGCAUAUCCCCCAAGCUGGCUUCUGGCUCCCUCAGAACAUCAAGGAAACAGCAAAGGAUAUGGAGACUUGGGCCCGCGGCUUCAAGGACCGGUACGAGAUGCUCCGCGUGGAAUAUGAGAAGAGCUAUGGUGAGGGGACCUGGGGCGAGAAUGAGCAGCUCAGGGACAGUGUGGAUGGUUGGCUGAGCGGGAAGUAAAGACGG